CAGAGGAACCAGAGGAUCCAGAGAAACCAGAGAGGGACCAGAGGAACCAGAGGAUCCAGAGGAACCAGAGAGGAACCAGAGAGGAACCAGAGAGGAACCAGAGGAACCAGAGAGGAGGGAGACGUACACACCGAGCUGACAAAAUGUUGAUGACGGAUCUGUUGAAGGCCGAGGAGAUCAAGAAAGCUCUUGAAGUCUUUGCAGGAGAAACCUUCGAUCCAAAGAAGUUCUUUGAGCUGGUGGGGAUGAAGGCCAUGACGGCCGAGGACGUGAAGAAGGUCUUCAAGGUCCUGGACGUGGACGGCAGCGGCUUCAUUGAGGAGGAGGAGCUUAAGUUCCUGCUGAAGAGCUUCUCCCAGGAGGGACGAGACCUGACAGACUCGGAGACGUCGGCGUUCCUCAAAGCCGCCGACAAGGACGGAGACGGGAGGAUCGGCAUCGACGAGUUUGAGGUCUUGGUUCAUGAGUAGGGGAUGUCUGAACAGCCCCCUUUCUCCUCCUCCUCCACCUCCUCCUCCUCCCUGCAUUCAUAUUCUGCAAACCUCCACCUUCGGACUCCACCCGGCUUCCUGUGGACCCUCCGGAGGAGUCGGACCAGCUCUCUGAACCUGCAGUUCAGUUUUAUAAAUAAAAUGCAUAUCUAGUGGACGCUGUCCGGGUGGUGCUGUGGUGACGUAGGUGGUGUGUAGAUGUUUUGUCCCAUUGGUUUUAACUUCUAGAUGUUCACAUAUUGUUGCACUUUCCUCCACUCCUCCUCACCUCCUCACCUCCUCUCCUCGUCUCCUCGCCCACACGCCUUGCCUCUGAUAAGAUGAUGUAAUAAAUACAGGAUACAUACAGUAUAUGGAUAUAUAUUUACACAUAUAUAUAUAUAUAUAUGUGUGUACCGUAUGUGUGUAUGUGUGGAGGGAGAAGAGCUCUGAGAAAGAAAAGAUAAUAAAAGAAUGCUCGAGUAAUAA